AUGGCGGCGGCGGCUGUGAGCGGCGCCAAGCGGAGCCUGCGGGCCGAGCUGAAGCAGCGCCUGCGGGCCAUCAGCGCCGAGGAGCGGCUGCGCCAGUCCCGCCUCCUGGCCCAGAAGGUGAUCGCCCACAGCCAGUAUCAGAAGGCCCAGAGGAUCUCCAUCUUCCUGAGCAUGCCCGACGAGAUCGAGACCGACGAGAUCAUCAAGGACAUUUUCCGCCGCGGCAAGACCUGCUUUAUCCCCCGGUACCAGUUCGAGAGCAGACACAUGGACAUGGUGCGGUUAGCGUCGCCCGAGGAGAUCGCUUCGCUCCCCAGAACAUCCUGGAAUAUCCCUCAGCCCGGCGAGGACGAGGCUCGGGAGGAGGCCUUGGCGACAGGCGGCCUGGACCUCAUCUUCAUGCCCGGCCUCGGGUUCGACAGGCACGGCCACCGGCUGGGCCGGGGCCGCGGCUACUACGACGCCUACCUGAGCCGCUGCGAGCAGCACCAGCGGGCGAAGCCCUACACGCUGGCCCUGGCGUUCAGGGAGCAGAUCUGCGCCCGGGUCCCCGUGGACGAGCACGACGUGAAGGUGGAUGAGGUUCUUUACGAAGACGCCCCCUGA